AUGGAAGAUCCAACAGCUGAGGCAAUGGGUGUUUCAACCAUAGGUUCUUCCGAAGCCAUUAUAUUAGCCGUGUUAGCGAUGAAAAAAUUGUGGCAAAAAAGAAGAAUCGCUGAGGGAAAGCCUACCGAUAAACCAAAUUUAGUAAUGGCUGCAUCAG